AGACGGACGUGUAACGUUUAUCGUUCCCCAAAUUUUUCUCUCUCUCUUUUUUUUUUUUUUUUAAAAGAAAACGAACGCGUGGUGUGUGUUUGUCUCUGUGUGUUUUAGUGUUGUGAAAUUCACUGCAUUUCGAGUUCGGGUGUAUUGUGUGUGUUGUGUGUGUAUGCAAUUUCAUCUUGGUUUCUUGUUCUUUUCUUGGUUUGGGUCAUUUGUAACAUUAGCCCGCAUACCUUGGAGAACUGGACAACGUGGUAUUCGAGACUUGUUUUUUUUUUUUUUUUUUUUUAUCGUGUGAUUUCAUAAUCGCGAGUUGACGGUGACGGAUUUUUUUUUAAUUCAAUGCCGAGUAUUUUCGUUUCGAAUGGCCACGCGAUGACACUGGACAAGGAGUGAAACGUAUACAAGAAAAAAAAAAAAAAUCAAGUACAACUGCUGGUGGCAAAAAGAAAAAAAGAAAAACGCGAGAAGAAUGUUUAGCCACGCUGUGGACCACCUCCUGCUGUUGCUGACCCUCCACGUGGCCGGGACCCUCUCCGAUUCUGGCCUAAAAGGUCCGCCGCACAUUUCCGGGUCGGUGACGCCGAAACAAACGUUUCGAUUGGGCGAGACCAUCAAAUUAGAUUGUCCCAUCCGAGGGACGCCCACGCCCAUCGUCGAGUGGUACAAGGAUGGAGACAGCGUGACGGCCGGCUGGGAGCGAUUCAAGUCAACUAGCCAUGGGCUAAGGAUCAAAGAAGUCAUCGUCGACGAUUCCGGCGUCUACACCUGUAAAGGUGUCAAUGGGUUCGGCUCGGAGCAGGUCACCUUUGAGAUCGUCAUUGUCGAUCCGAACGCUAAAGUGACAGAUCCACCGCCUUCUGACACCAUUUUCGGACCGGAGGACACGGAGACGGACCUCGUGACGUGGAGGAAAAUGGUGCGGCCCGGCUCGGGAUCGGCUCCUCACCUCAGCGAGACGAGUCAAAUGCCGGCCGGUCGCAUUUGGCAGCUGCCCGUCGAUUCAACUCUGCGACUCAAAUGCGUUGCUCAAGGAGAGCCGGAACCUCAUCUCAUUUGGCUCAAGGAUGGCAAGGAGAUUGGAGAUGACCGUCGCAUUGGCCGCUGGGAGCUUCAAGUGUCGCGACUCAACUUGGACGAUUCGGGAACCUAUUCGUGCCGAGCCGUCAACCCUUACGGAUCGAUCAACGCUUCUUUCGUCGUUCAAGUUCUCGAUCGUACAGUAAGGAAACCGGACUUUGUGGGUCUCUACCCUCAGAACGUGACCAUCAUGGAGGGUUCGACGGCCCGGUUGCAGUGCCGUGUCAUUAGCGACACUCCCCUCUUUCUGCAGUGGCUCAAGCGACUCGAUCGUCUUUCGCCCUAUGAAGCUCAUCGUCAAGCGGUUGGCGGAAUGGACUAUGCCCGACCCGAUGCAGAUGGCGUCCUUCAGUUCGAAGGGUGGAGGUAUCGAGUGUUACGAUCGAGUAAUCCGUCCUACCAGGCUGAUGACGGCUCCUAUCUGGACAAAUUGGCGCUGGAAAAUGUUCACCCGGCUCACAGUGGCGUCUACAUUUGCAUAGCCACCAACGAGGCCGGCUUCCAAUACCGAGAGGCUAGCGUCAACGUCAUCUCAGGUUCUGGUCGGCCGUUGGGUGAUGUGUCUUCAUCGUCGUCGUCGGGAAUGGGCGUCGGCAGUGGCAGCGACGCGGGCACCGGUGGGCUGCCGACAGUGGUCGUCAUCGCCUUGGUGGUAGGCGCCGGGGUGGUGUUGGUGCUCAUGUGCGGCAUCACCUACUAUUUCAAAUCGGAGCGACGCAUUCGGGCCAGGAAGGAGGGCGUCGUCGGUGGCGGCGGCGGUGGUGGUGGUGUGGGCCAUCACCAACGUCAUCACCUUCACCCGCGAGAGAUCAAGGAUCUUAGUCUGACGGCGCCCUGUUUACCUCGCGGCGGCUCCGCUGAUCACCCGCCGCCACCCACGCAGCCGCCCCAACCGCCGGAAUCGGCACCGAUUCAUCAUCGAUACCAACCGCCACCGCCCAGCUGCAUGCCAUAUUCGACUCCAUUCAUGGGGACCAUUCAACUGCAGCAGCAGGAGAUGAUGCGCCUUCACCAUGGGAUCAACGGUAGCGGCCGCCAAUCGGGAAUGAGGUCGUGCCACUCGCCUUUGGUCGGUACGGCAACGUCGUCCAGCGGAACAGCUGGAAGCAGCAGCGGCGGACCGCUCUUUUUAGGCGGAGGCAACGGAGGCAAUUGGAGUCACGUCUACCGUCCGCCUCCUUGUGGCAGAUCGGGUGAUCACAACACUAGCUAUCCGUACCAUCACGAGGCCACGUUGAUGAUGGUUCCUCCUCCACCGCCGUCCGAGUCCGAGCACGCCUACGCAUCUGUGCAUGGCGUCAGUAACUACGAAGAUCUGCGACCGGCUGCCGUCGCCAGCAGCAGUCUAAUUCGGCAUCCACAUGAUAUGCGAGGCAACCGAUUCCAGCGGAUCGAAAUGGUCUAACAAAAAAAAAAAAAAAAAAAAACUAUAUACAGUAUAUAUAUAUAUGUAUAAGUAUAUUUUGUAUAUUUGUUUCGUUUUUAUUCCGUUUUUUUAAAAGCAUUUAGAAGGGAAAGAAAAAAGAAAACACUCAGAGGACGAUUUGUUAACAAAAAUCGUUGGAAAAUCCUGUAACAUGCAAAUAGUGUACCUCAUUAUCUGUGUAUCUUCUUUUCCUCUCUCUCUCUCUCUUUAUACGUUUUUUUUUAUGUUUCUUCCCUACUUUCGGUUUUCUUCCUCGUUUGUUUGUGUUGUUUUCUUACAAAAAAAAAAAAAAGAUGUAUAACGGUCAUUCGUGAGGUCGAGUCAAUUUGAGUGUUUCGUUUUUAUGUUUUUAUGUAACAAACCGAGUAAGAAAAAAAAAAUUGUUGAAAUAAGGGAUGGACAUAAUUCUACAUAACUAAUUGUGCUGUUCGUUUUUUUUUUUUUUUGUCUUUUGGAAAACUAUUUUCGAAAAAAAAAGACGGUGUACCAAGUACGGCUUACGACCUGCCCAGCUUUAAAUUGUUGUCUUUUCUUGUGUGUGUGUGUGUGUGUGUGUGUGUGUGAAAGAGAGCCACGACAGAAGGCCUGUCAUCAUUGUAAAAGCUUUCGCGGUUUAUUUUGAAUUUUUAU